CACCCGCGUCGGUCGCCAUUCACCCAAAAACGUGUUAAAAACCACCAAAAUCCAGUGAACACCCAUAAUAUAGACGAAGUGAAUAACACAUAGAACAGUUGGCGAUAGUACGAAGGCGAAGCAUGACCCGAAUUUACCCAAAAUCGAUACGGGGACAAUUUGGGCAAACAAUAAAGGGAUCCGUUUUAUUAAUUUGCCAUGUUUUAUUCUCUAUCAUUCUGUGCCACGACACUGAAAACGAUUCUCAAUGAGUAUUUAAAACAUUAUGACAAUAAGAAGACAAUAAAUUAGAGAUAAUUAAUUAAUAGAUUUAUAAUAUAAUUGCAAUCGGAAUUGAUAUCGAAUUGAUAAUCGAAAAUGGCGAACACGGCCCAUUUGAUGAGGCGACAGAGCUCCCGGGACUUGUAUGCCCAGCGUUCGUUAGAUCGAAUGGAAAUGAAGGAGCUAAGAGGCCGUUUGGUGACUCUGGAGAACGGUCACCAGAUCCAUCGCACCCACGUGAUGUACGGAGCGACUAACCAAGCAUUCGAAGACACCAGUCCAAACAGACGGUCAUCGGAAACACCGACAAGCAAAGCUAGUUCGGAGAACGAAAGAGCGGGCAUAAAACCUGAAGGAGUCGAAAGGGAAUCAUGGGAUAGCAAGCUCACGUUUCUGUUAGCGACCGUCGGUUACGCCGUUGGUUUGGGAAACGUCUGGCGAUUUCCGUAUCUAGCUCAAAAGAACGGCGGCGGUGCGUUUCUGAUCCCUUACUUCGUGAUGUUGGCGAUUGAAGGCAUUCCGAUCUUUUAUCUGGAGCUGGCCAUUGGUCAGAGGCUGAGGAAAGGUGCUAUUGGUGUGUGGCACCAGGUGUCUCCAUAUCUAGGCGGGAUAGGGAUCAGCUCAGCCGUGGUGUCGUUCAACGUAGCUCUGUACUACAACUCAAUAAUCGCGUGGUGUUUGUUCUACUUCGCGCAGAGCUUCCAGGCGGAGCUGCCGUGGUCGGAGUGUCCUAAGAAGUACUUCAGCAAUGGGUCGUACACCACUGAACCGGAAUGUGCUGUGAGCAGCCCAACGCAAUACUUCUGGUACCGUACAACACUCCAGAUUUCAGAAGACAUCAACUACCCAGAGACCUUCAACUACAAGAUAGCCCUCGCCCUCGUCAUCGCCUGGAUCCUCGUGUACAUGUGCAUGAUUAAGGGCAUAGCAUCCUCCGGCAAAGUCGUCUACGUCACAGCUACGUUUCCAUACAUAGUGCUGGUGAUUUUCUUCUUCAGAGGAAUAACUUUGAAAGGAAUGGGCGAUGGACUGAUCCAUCUAUUCACGCCGAAGUGGCAUAAGAUUUUGGACCCAGUAGUAUGGCUAGAAGCUGGUACUCAAAUCUUCUUUUCUUUGGGGCUAGCCUUCGGAGGUCUUAUAGCGUUCAGUUCUUACAAUCCGGUGGAUAAUAAUUGCUAUAGAGACGCAAUAAUGGUGUCAAUGACGAAUUGUCUGACGUCAAUGUUCGCUGGUAUAGUUGUCUUCUCGAUUAUUGGGUUCAAAGCCACGAUGGUUUAUGAGAAGUGCCUUAGUUUGAGGAAUGCGACACUUUUGGAGAUUUUCGGAUCUGGCUAUAGAUCGAUGGUGUUCCCUGAAGCGGGACAAAAUGUGACAUUGGAUUUGAACGGCAAUUUGACCACGUUGGUGAUGCCUCAUUUGCCGGAGUGUGAUUUGCAGAAGGAGUUAGAUAAUACUGCAUCAGGAACCGGCCUAGCAUUCAUAAUAUUCACUGAAGCGAUCAACCAGUUCCCGGGCGCUCAGUUCUGGUCCGUUCUGUUCUUCCUCAUGCUCUUCACCCUCGGCAUCGAUUCACAGUUUGGAACUCUAGAAGGAGUGGUCACCUCUAUCGUGGACAUGAAACUGUUCCCAAACCUUCGCAAGGAGUAUUUAACUGGAGGAUUGUGUUUGAUCUGUUGUCUGUUGUCUAUGGGAUUCGCCCAUGGUGCUGGGAGUUACAUUUUUCUGCUCUUCGAUAUGUACAGUGGGAACUUUCCGUUGCUGAUCAUUGCGUUCUUUGAAUGUAUCGGCAUCGCUUACGUCUAUGGUGUGAAGAGAUUCGCCGACGACAUAGAACUGAUGACCGGUCAACGUCCAGGUAUAUACUGGCUGAUCUGCUGGAAGUAUCUCUCUCCCCUGGCCAUGCUCUCCAUCCUGGUGUCUUCCUUCGUGGAGCUGGCGACCGAGGGCUCCAGCUACGAGGCCUGGAUCAGUUCUGAGGGUGACACUGAGAAGAAACCCUGGCCUAUAUGGGCGGUUCUGUUGGUGCUCGUCUUGGUGCUGGCUUCAGUACUCUGGAUACCAGGAUUAGCGAUUUGCAGAUACUUCGGCAUACAGAUCAUCGAUGACGAGGAGAGAGCGUGGUUCCCGGCUGAAGAUCUCCGCGACUUCCACGGGAUCGAACCCCGGCCCGUCUCCAGCAUCGAGACCCUGCUGUUCUGCACCAGACCUGACGGCUCCGAGGGCUGCUGCUGGCCUGGUUGCUGUGAGACUGACGAUGAGGAGUAGGACACAUAACCAUACCAGAUGGCCUAUUCACUAAUUUGGUCUUUAAUAACAACCUAUCAAUAUAAACAUGCAAUCAACUGAGAAAUAUCAUUUAUCUACUGUAUGAUAUCCACGAAGGGUUGUCAGUAGGCACUGGGUGACAUUUGUUACAUAGAAUCUCAAUUUCUACUAGUAACAUACGUCAAAGUUAGUGAAUUAACCUACAGAUCAACUUAGAGUAACUGUAGGGCAUUACUCCACGAGAAUUACCAACCAGCUAUUGUCAGUGAUUCAUGAAUCACGUGACUUCGUAUUCAAUAUUAAUCUAUUGCUAACUGAAUAAAAUUACUAAACAGUACUUACUUAUGUGUGACAUUGUCAUUUUCGUUAGCAAUGGGCAUUACGGAUUAUGAAAAAUGCGGUUGUUAUUGGUUUAAUGUUAAUAAUAUUAGAUGUCGCAUAGACCAAAGUUAGUGAAUAGGCCAGCAGUUUGAAAACAAUCAAUAAGUUCAAUGUUAGACAUGCCAUAAUAAUAAGUAAGGAACAUUGAGUUACUUUGUACUACGUACUAGAGAAGCUAUUCCAUACGAAAAUCAUGUCGAUUACUGUCUGAAGUGUUCUCUGCAAAGUUAUAACGGUAAGUCUUCCCGUACUAUUAAAAUAUGCAACGUUAAUCGCUUUAAGAAUAUUAUAUAUUUCUUGCGACCAAAAGAAAGAAAGCAAAAUACGUUUAUUUUAAAUUUGUGCCAUACUAGUAUAAUAUGAUGUCUCAACCGCUUGGAGACUAAACCUAGUAGUAACUUUAAAAAAAGUUAUGGCAAAACAUCGUAAGCUUCUUGAUUAAUAUGGCACUUACGCCUUACACUCAAAAUAGUAAGCUAGCAAGAAACUAUGAAUUGCGGCGAUUUCGCCACAGAUGGAACGCAGUAGCAACGACUCAUGUGUUCUCUACUCAGACCAAUUAUAGAAGGACCUGUAUAGCACUCAUAGUCACGAACAAAAUUGUCUGUCAUUUUCUGAGAAAAACGAGCUUAGAUUUGGUAUACAUCUCAUACUAAACUAGAAGUUUUUGCCCGUUUUUUACACAAUUCAAUUGCACAAAAAGAUAUUUUUACGGAGCUCUUUAACCGACGAACACGAUUAUUACUAUUUAACAUCAAUUCUAUAGAGACAGUUUUUAUAAUCGCAUUAAAUCGUUGAUCAUAUACUUUGACAGAAAAGUAACGUCUAGCGAGGCAGGUCCUUUACAAUAAUUGGUCUGAGGUUCUCUAGUACGUGGAAGGUACAUAAUAACUCAAUGGUAAUGAAUCACAAUAACAGUUAUUUGUACUAACAUAUCAAAAUAAGAAAAAUAUCCACAUAUCUUUGAAAUCUUUCUGGAUAUACCUACUGAAAGAAUAUCAUACAAUUUUGAUAACUAUUGUGUGUACCUAGAACAUAAUAUUAUGAUAGUGAUACUCGUAUUCCAUGAAGUGAUAUCGUUCAGUAUCAUCUCAUUAUCGUUUAAGCCUAGUUCGGACUACUUUAGUAUUGUAGUCGAGUACUAACUAUUUUUGGGUGAUAGCCAAGUAGUCUAGUAUGCUACUCGACUAAACUGCUAUAGUACUCUAGUCCGAACUAGUCCUUACCCAAAGUUAAGUCGGCAAAAUAUGUCAUUCUCUUCCAUUCGCUUCUUGCACUCGCUCUCUAUCAUACGUCUACCUACUCAUACUCCUUUUGCUUUAUUUUCCUUUUUGGUCUAGGCGACUAACGCGACACACACAGACACAGACUUCAACCACGUUUGAGUUCUCCUCUUGUGAUAUUAUUAUUGACCAAUAAAAUACCUUGUAAUUAUUUUUUAACUUUGGCAAAUUGACGUUAUAGCACGUUUUCAAUGGAUAUUUUUUUAUAUUCUGUGACUGUGAACAUUUCUGUUCUUUACCAUUAUACCAUAGCUAUCAUAACAUUACCCUCCAUUCGUCAUAAUCCUGCCGUUUAUACUGUUAAAUAUUUGUAUAUUUGUUGUCAUUAGUACCUAUUUAUAUAAAUUUGUUGUUACCUAAUAUAAAGUAAAAUUCAUAUACACAAAUCUAUAAAUAGUUAUGUAAAAGUAGAAUCUGUUGUGUAAGAUUCCAUACCCAUUCAAAUAGGAGAAAAAGAGAUAGAUUGCAAUGCACUGUAAAGCCCGAUUUACACUCGCGCCGCGUUCUGUGAAUGUAAACAAUAGAAGUUAUUCAUUAUUUUCAAAAUCUUUUGCAAAUGCGUCAACAGCCGUAGUUAUUCUCGUUGGAGUGUGCUAACUAAAUCUGGAAAUUUUGAGAGUGUGGGUACUUACCCGUGAGGAAACGCGUUUGUGCGUAGUGUGGACUUGACAAUCAGCAUACUCGUUAGGUCGUCGACUCUACCCUAGCUGAUAGAAAAGAAAGUUCCUAUCGCUAAGGAUCAGCAAUCAGGUAGCAUUUUCGUAAAAAAAAAUUACGAUACUUCAAAAAAAGCCGAGUGAUAUCCGAUAUAAUUAAGUAAAAAAAUAUUUUUAACUUAAACGAUUGACCUCAUCAAUCUAGGGUACCCACUGUUCAGCCAACACAAUAAAAAUGUUUUGUCCACCUUUUUCGCUAUCUAUCUAUCCCUUUUUCAUCUACUUAUUCACAUCAUCGUUCAUAGAAUGCCUACUUCGGACUACUUUAGUCAAGUACGAACGAUUUUUAGAAACACUGCCCAAAAAUCGUUAGUAAUCGACUAAAAUACUAAAGUAGUCCGAACUAGGCCUAAUACAUAACAAUACUAUUAUAAUCAACGAUGACAAUAAAAAAUCGUCUUGGAAUUGCCUAUUUUAAAAAUAUGCUUAGCUAAAUAAAAAAAGGCAAUGAUACUAGAAAAAGAUAAAGAUAAACUUAUUAGUUAUUCUUAUAUAAUUAUUAUAUUGACUAUAUUGUAGGUAAAGAAUUUUAUUAGCGAUUUUUAGACUGUUUUUAUGACAAUUAUUUAAAGAUUUUAAAUGACAAUAACGAAUAAACAAAAGACAAUAAAAUAAUUCCUGAAUAAAAAUAGAAUAAUGUUAUAUUAAAACGAGAACACUAAUGGCUCCCUUACACGGUACCUACACCGUCGGCCAUGAGGGACGUAAACAAACAUGUAGAGGGCAAAAACUGAGUCGGUACCGGUUUUCCGGUCAAUAGCAAUCAUCAAAAACAAGUUACAAAGCCCUCAACCUUUGGUCGUUCUUUUUAUUAUAAUAACCAUAAGUGCAGAGGGGCCUUUAGUAAAUACAUUUUAGCAAUUUUAAUUACUCUCCUUUACUCCUAUUGUGCUUUAU